AUGCAGCGCAUUUUGCCGUCGGUACUCACUUUUCUGCUGUGCGCCGUAGUGUUGGCAUGUACCCGAACCAAGCGGUACCUACGCUGCUGUCGACUCGAGCGUUUACUCGGCCUCGGAGUCAAGAAAAACAGCGAAAGGGCUCACACCAAAAAACGCUGA